CACAGUCCCUCCACGAAUGCCAUGGUUUCCACCGCUCCCGUCCUCCUCGCUCUAUGCGCCCUGGUGGCUCUGUCGGCUGCCAAUCCCAUGCCGGAGCCGGAGCCUUUUAAUCUGGGAAAAAUCGCUAAUAAAGUCAAGAACUCGGUCAUGAACUUCGCCGGCGACAAGGGCAGGUGCUUGCAGAACACCGGAGUGCCGGCUAGCCUCAUCAAGAAAGGCGUCGGCUGCGGCCCGACGGCUCUCGCGGGCCCCGAGGCGUGGGCGGCGUGCGCGGGCCUCGCCAGCAUCCCCGAGGCCAAGAAGGCCAUCAAGUGCUUCACGGGCUAGGGAGAGGGAAGUUCUGCAGAUGUCAUAAACUGCGGGAAGCAAGCACAGAAGAACUACGUACCAUCUCAGCGGCCAGUGUCUACGGUAUCUGCAGCAAGUCAACAUCGUAUUUCACACUAAUCAUAUAUAAAAUCUAGUUACCUGUUUCAA